CCAGGCUUCGCCCUGGAGGCCAAAAGCCUCGCUGAGGCCUCUGCGGAGGGGGAAUGCUGUGGGAGCUGCUCACCUCCUCCUGCACCCCCUCUAGUGUCACCUGUACUUAUUGUGGAGGAGAUAGGCUUCACCACCGUGGAGCUGUGCCAAGAGGGAGAAGACAUCUGCCUGACUGCAAGUGAGGGAUACAUGGAGGAGAUGAGCGGAGAUCCCAACUGUGAAGACAUGCAAAGGAGGGACCAAAGAUUAUCAUUCCAGAUCUUCCCUGACCCUGUUGAGGUUGUCCUGGACCCAGAAAUCACCUUGAACAGGCUGGAGCUCGUCCAUGUGAAGGAGCGUCUACCCUCCAUCGUGGUGGAACCCACGGAGGUGAGCGAGGUGGAGAGUGGAGAGCUGCGCUGGCCUCCGGAGAACAUGGACAUGGAGGAAGACGAGGAGGACCUGUUCUUGGAGCAGUGCAUCCCCCCUGCAAACAUCGCUGACUGGGGAGAAGAGGAGGAGGAAGAGGAGACAUCGGUUAUACUCACCGAGCAGCAUGGCUUGACACUCAUUGACCUUCAGUCAGAUGCAUUUAGAGAUGACACCCCCACCCUUCCACCGAGCAGCGCUCCAGCCCUCAACUGACUUAACCUCGGAGACCCAGUGAGGAAACAUUCUGCUGAUGACAACUAUGAGAAAACAACCCAGAGUUUGACAGUGACAGAUGAUGCAAAAGAUUGAACUGAACCUCUGUCUAAAGUAUUUGCAAAAUCAAUAAAAAGAUUUGAAAAGAAAAGAUUGAACUGAAAGCCAAUGUUGAUGAAGAGGAAAGAGGAAGUAUCAAAAUAUGUUUUCGAUGUCAAAGAGCUGCACGCUGACUCUGAGAUUUAUAUCCACAUUAAUAUGAAUAUAAAUAUAUGCCAGCAGGCGUGAGACAGAUACACAGAAACACAAACACACAUUCUCACACACACAAAAUUUGGUUGCUGACGGUGGUGGCAGACGUUUCAGCAAUACUGCGUUUGCUGUUUUUUUUUCUACUUCUAAAAUAACUUUUGCUGACGUUAUAACUUUAUGUGUCAUUUCCCGUUUUAUGUCCUAAUUGUUAAGGGCUCACUGAUGUCAAUGGGCUAAAAGGGAACAUCCUGCUAACCAAUUUUCUUUAGUUUGUGCUUUGUUAAUUUUUACUUCAUCUCUGUACCUUAUUUAACAUAUUGCUCAUAGUCAUCAUUUUGAGGACAUUUACUUGGUUAUUGCUUCAGUAUAAUAUUUAUUAGGCGCUGCUCUGGAUUCACUUGCUGCUGUCCUGAAUCUGUGGAGCAUUUUGAAAUGACCACAUCCGUUGGUUAUAUAAUUUCUCAUCGUGCUUUAUGUGAGUGGCACAUUCUGACUAAUGUUGGGAUCUUAAAAUCAGCAAUUUCCACAAUGUUACCAAAAUCACCGGUCACAGACUUUGCUUCUUUUUGGCGGACAGGAGUGGACAUUCAGUUUGUUGUCAGCCAUGUUGAACCAAAAAAAUGCAGGCAGCUCUAGCUUUUCAUUAACAGUUGUAGACACCAUUGA